GAUCAAUCUGGAUGUGAAGGCUACUGCGGUGGCUAUCAAACAGGCGAUGGAGGUUGCUCUCGCUGAUAUCGCACGGGCUCGGGCUCGAACUGCUUCCGCCGUUGGAGGAAAUGACCAGGUUCCUUCUGGUGGUGUUGCUGGUGAUACUGCUGAUGAAUUAGCAUCUGGACAGAGCGGCGUCGGUGGGAGUGGUGCCAUGAUCGCUGAUGUGUUGACGGCAGGAUCACGGAAACCUCGAGAUCCUUUGGAGCCUGUAUUGGAAAAUCUCAUUGGCAACAGCAGCGAUUACAGCGACAAUAUUCUUGACGGCGUUCUCCAAGCUGACGGUGGUGGCGGUACUGGCGGCGGUACAAUCAACUAUCGUACUCUCAUUGCUACGACUACUGCUGCUGCGAACACUUUGAUGGCUCAUGGUGAUCCUGAUUCUGAUAUGGAGAUGGAGGACGGUGAUGUUGAUGAGGACAAUGCAUCUAGCUCAUCAAGUUUGGAUGGACGUGAGGGGAUUGACGGGCAAGAAGAGCAUGGACUUGAUCCACUUUAUUUUUUCAAUAGUCCAUUAUCGAAUCGCAGUCGGAAUCGAGGUCGGGGCCAGGUCCAGGGUAACAGGGUCAGGAGGGCUACAAUUACCGGUGGAGAUAGCGACGUUAGUACGGACGAGCUCAAUUUCUAAACUCAUCUUUCUUUUUUGAUGCGGGAGGUAGUACGAGUACUCUGGCAGAUCAGAUAGAGUCCCUCAUGUCUAUAUCUAUCUAUUCGAAUGAUUCCAAAUAUGUACAGAUGUAGAUGAUCAAUUACUCAGCUAUUGCUAG